GUGUUCCGGUCCGACAAGACGAUCCAGAAGACGGGCUUCGCGGCCGUCUACUUUACCGACAUCGACGAGUGUGCGGUCAACAAUGGAGGGUGUCAGCAGGAGUGUAAAAACACCAUCGGUUCCUAUCUGUGCUCGUGCCGGAAUGGUUACACGCUGCACGACAAUGGACACGACUGCAAGGAGAGUGGCUGUAAGCACGAGAUCUUUACUCCGAACGGUCAGAUACUGAGCCCAAAUUAUCCGGAUUACUAUCCACCCAAGAAGGACUGUAUCUGGCACUUUACCACCACACCCGGUCAUCGGAUACGGUUGGUUUUCAACGUGUUUGACAUUGAGCCACAUCAGGAAUGUGCCUACGAUCAUAUCGUAAUCUACGAUGGCAACUCACCGGACAGCCACACACUGGGACGCUUUUGUGGGGCGAAAAUUCCGCAUCCCAUUGCGUCGUCCUCGAAUCAGAUGUACAUGGUUUUCAACACCGACACGAGCGUCCAACGGAAAGGGUUUUUCGCCAGCCACUCGACUGCCUGCGGUGGCCGGCUACGGGCGACCGAGGUGAAGAACCAUUUCUACUCCCACAUCAAGUUCGGCUCGGGAAUGUACGAGAAUGGAGCGGACUGCGAGUGGACAAUCGAGGCCGAAUCGGGCCAGAACGUGCAGCUGAAGUUUCUUAGCUUCGAGCUAGAGGAGGAAAAGUUGUGCUCAUACGAUUACGUCGAGGUGUACGGUGGCCUGGAUGACGAAAGUGGCCCGCUGCAUGGAAAGUACUGCGGAAAUGCGAAUCCGCCGGAAAUCAUAUCGAUGCACGAGGCGCUGAUGGUGCGGUUCCGGUCGGACGAUACCGUCGGCUUCAAGGGUUUCUCGGCCGCGUACGUCGCCAUCAAAACGAACGACGACAUGCUCACCACCGAUGAAGAAGGUUCUGAUAGCUCCGAAAUCAUCCCGUUUCCCGGUUCACUAAAAACAGUGUUCAUCAAACAGGGCGAAGAUAUGGACGUGGAGGAGGAGGAGGAGGAGGAGGAGGAAGAGGAGGUGGACGGAGAUAUCGAUUAUGAGGUCUACCCGCGCCGACCGGCCAACGGCAAGAAGGUGCACAUCGCGGUGCACAACGAGAUACGCUCGUCUCAGGCGAUUGACUGAAACAUAAUCAAAUACUUUGCCACAUAAUUUUGGCACGCGGGCAAUCGGCACGCAAACACACUUCCGGUGCGCGCGGGCUGCCACAACCUGGACAAUAUACUCACACCACGCUUCGCGGGCCCGGUUUGUCGUUAGCGUUGCGUCUUUCCGUUCGACGAUCGUCCCGCCAGCAGAGGAGGGGAAAGAUAGAGAGCAAUAGAGAAAAAUAAAGAGACCGAGAGAGAGAGAGAACAUGUAACGUUGAUACGGAUUUUUCCUUGCCGGAAGCGAUCGUCCACAUUUUCAGGCACCAGCACCAUUCACUCACUCGCGACGCUCCUUAUCGUUUCGGCGUCGAAGGUGUACAUGUGUCUUCCUCGAUUCUGUUCGCCUACGGGAAACUGCAAAUAUCAGCCAGCUGAGCAGUGGCAUGGGUUAGCUGGACGAAACAUGAAACCGGUAGGCGGCGAGUACGGCGCAACAAACGUUGGCCAGUUUAGUACCAAAACUGUAGCCAGUGAUCUGAGCAGCGAAACUGGAGCCAGAUGUGAGCGGAACAUAUGGAGAUAUAUACAUUCAUAAAUAGUUAUAUUUACAGAAAGGCAGUAGAUCUAUUUCAACAAAUUUCCUAGGAAUAAAUAGUAGGAACAAUUACGAUCAACACACAGGCUCGCAGUCUAGGCAGCUAUUUUGCUACCGUCGUCGAAGGUUUUUUUGUUUUUUAACUCAUUCGAAGAAGAAAAACGAACGUCACUGCAAAGGGGCGACGCACGUUGCCGCAGUAGGUUAAUUCCUAGUGUAGGUUAAUCGUAGUUAAAGGUAGGAUCGUUCAUCGGACAUUGCUCUUUCAAGCAGUUCUUUCCAUAGCUCAUAUCAGAGGAAUCAGUUGCUCGAAAGGAUAUCAAUACCUGUAGCAGGAGUUUCCAGUUGUUCCAAAACUCUUUCCCGUUUUCCAACGGCGCUCGUUUGGCCCGCACGUCGCGGCCCGUGACGAUCGAGUAGUUUAACGGUAAUUUUAAAACGUGUGUUUGAGUGUGUGGACGAAAGUUGAUAACGUGCCGCGCAUCGUGUGUUGCCGCACAGGCACUUAGUAAUAGUAAUUUCGUGUCAUUUUUUGAAUGGAAUUCGAACAAUAAAUUCAAUAAUUU